UGCUCCCGCCUCGUCUGUUGGCGCUCAAGCCCUCAGGUGAUACGUCUGGAGCCGGGCUGGGUGGGGCACGUCCGAGGCCGCCCCCUUCCGAUGACUCCCUGACGCCGAGGGCUGGGAGCGGACACCCCCGACGGCCCUGGACGCGUCGGCACGCCUGUAUUCUCUUCCUACCGACAAUGGUGACCGUCCGGAGCUCUCCUGCUUCGCCCACAGACUGGACGGGCCCCGCGGCGACCCCCGACGCCGACGCCUCCUCCCUCUCGACAGCUUCUCUGCCCCCGGACCCCACGGCUGUCUCGCCGCCGUUGCCGCCGCCACCCCCGCCGCCCAUCGGCUUCAGCCCAGGAGCGCCACGGCCCUGGCCGGGCGUGGAGGGUUGCUCGGGGCGGCGGCCGGCGCGGCUGCGCAACUUCAACUGGGAGGCCAUCCCGGCAGAGCGCAUCCGGGGGCGCCACAACCUGUGGACGGCGCCCGGGCGGCAUCGAGGCGAAGGCUUCCCGCUGGACCUCGCCCUCCUGGAGGAGCUUUUCGGGCAGCGCCCGGAGCCGCCCGGGGGGAGCCUGCGGGGGCAGCCGCAGGCGGAGCAGGUCUCCCUUCUGGACUCCAAGAAGAUUCUGAACCUGGGCAUCUUCCUCAAGCAGUUUAAGAGGCCAGUCCAGGAGAUUGUGGCCGAUAUCCAGGAUGGAGCAGGAGCCCUUUACGGGGCGGAGAAGCUGCUGGAGCUGACAAAGAUGCUGCCUGAUGCGGAGGAGGCCAAGAAGCUGGCUGCAUUCCAAGGCUGCCAGAGCCGCCUCUCUGAGGCUGAGGUCUUUGCCCUGCUCCUCGUCCAGGUGCCCAGCUAUGUCCACCGCCUGAAGCUCCUGGUCUUGCAGGAGGAGUUCUUCCCCCAGCUCAACUCGCUGCAGUCGGCCAUCCAGAUUCUGACAGAGGCAGCCCUAGAGUUGUUGGAGUGUGAGGAGCUGCACAAACUCCUCCAGAUGGUGCUGAAGGCAGGAAACUACAUGAAUGAGGGAGGCUAUGCUGGCUCUGCACUGGGCUUCCGCAUGUCCUCGCUGCUGAGGCUCACGGACACCAAGGCCAACCGGCCAGGAAUGGACCUCCUGCACUUUGUUGCCCUGGAGGCAGAGAAGAAGGACCCGACUCUCCUGCAGUUCCCCAGCAGGCUGCAGCACGUGGGGCCUGCUUCGCGGAUCGUUGACCAGGAGGUGAUGGUGGAGCUGGAGAGCCUGGGGCAGCGCCUUCUGGGUGCCCAGGGGGAGCUGGAGGGCCUGGGUCUGGGCGCCCAGGUGGGGCCCUUUGUGCAGGUGGCUGUGGUGGAGCUGCAGGCUGUGAGGGCCUCCCAGGAGGGCCUGAGCCAGACUGCGGCUACCCUGUGCGACUUCCUCUGCGAGGACCCCGAGACCUUCAACUUGACUGAGUGUUGCCGCAUCUUCCAUUCAUUCGGGGAGCGGUUCCUGGCUGCUGUGCAGGACAACCAGGCUCGGGAGGCAGCCGUGUGCCGGCAACAGCGCCAGGAGCGUGAGCGGCAGGAGAAGCAGAAGCGGCGCUCCAUCGCCACCUGCUCGGCCCGCGACCCUGGCCUGCAGGACGUGGAGCUGGACCUCUUUUUCCUGCGGCCCCCUCGCUCCAGGAGGCGCAACCGGUCCCAGCAGGGCCUCCGCCUUGCCCUGGAGAGCCCCCAGAGCACCAGAGAGAGGGCCCCGACUCUUGGCCGCCGGAGACACACUCUCACCACCCUGCCCCCUUGCACAGAGCCCCCCAGGCCAGUGGAGCCAGAAGCUGCCCCUGCCACCCCCACGCUCCCUGCUGCUGCCACCCCCCCUGGCUGUGGCAAGAAGGCAGGGGGGCUCUUUGGGCAGGGUCUCAAGGCCUUCCUCAGGUCCCCCCCGAUGACCACGGUGGCCGCUUCCCCCCAAGGUCCUGCCUCGCCCGAAGCCCCCAGUGGCUUCCGCUUCCCCACCCUUUUCCAGAAGAAGACCCCCCUGGAGGGCCCAGAGCUCCCCACCUCCCCCCUGGCUUCCCCCAAGGAUGUCUCUGCCCUGGUGGGCUUCUUCCGCCGCCUGAGUGUUGGGGAAAAGCCACGGCAGGGAGCCCAGGUCUAAGAAGGGGGGGGGGCUGGGAGAGUCCCAAGGCAAACCUGCAGCCAGGCAACCCCUCCCCCCAGAACAUGGUGGGCCAAUUGGGGGGGGGCAUAAAUCAGAGCUAGUCAUUGCCCCCUCCUGCUGCCCACCUUGUACUGCCUGUAGACACUCUGGGUUCCCCCCCUCCCAUUAACCUGCAGGGAAUUUGA